AUGGCCAACGAUCUGAUGCAGUUUGCAAACGGACGAGUUUUCAUUGACUAUCUAUAUCCAGAUGAUGCCUCGAAGACAAUGAUCAGAAACACAGCUGGAGGAGUGAUUCAAAAUGUGAUCCAUUCCUUCCAAGGGAUGAUCGAUCAAUUAGACUGGAUGACUCCUGAAAUCAAGAAGAAAGCAAAUGAAAAGACUAACGGAAUUGGGAUGAUCGAUCAAUUAGACUGGAUGACUCCUGAAAUCAAGAAGAAAGCAAAUGAAAAGACUAACGGAAUUGUGCAAAACAUCGCCUUCCCUGAUUGGAUCAUGAACAAUACACUUCUCGAUGCGUACUACUCCGAUCUCACGUUUGAUGCUACCAAAGAGAAUUACUACGACAUUUGGACCAAACUUAUACUGGCUGUUCUUUACCAGAAACCUACAAUUUCAGUGCAAAACAUCGCCUUCCCUGAUUGGAUCAUGAACAAUACACUUCUCGAUGCGUACUACUCCGAUCUCACGUUUGAUGCUACCAAAGAGAAUUACUACGACAUUUGGACCAAACUUAUACUUUUCAAUCUUGGUCUGCAAUACAAGCAGCUGACAGCACCAACAACUGAUCGCAAAGAUUUCCUUGGACAACCUGGUACAGUCAACGCUUGGUAUCAGCCCGAGUUGAACUCCAUCACCUUCCCUGCCGGUAUUCUCCAACCACCCUACUUCCAUCCUAAGUGGCCAGCUUCAAUAAAUUAUGGUGGAAUGGGUCUUGUCGCAGGACACGAAUUGACUCACGGAUUCGAUGAUGAAGGUGUUCAGUGGGGACCGGGAGGAGAAAUGGUACUCCCGGCGAAUAAAAACUGCACAGGUUGGAUGGACGAGGAUUCAACUGCUGGAUUCAACUCAAUGGCACAAUGCGUUAUCAAGGGUAUGUAA